AUGAACUCGUUUAUGAACACCCUUCGUCUAUUGGCACGGUCUUCACUUGUCGAGGCACCGGAAGGAGGUCUACCUGACGUCCCUAUGACUACUUUCCGCGACUCUAGCUCUUCGCCGAGAUCAUCAGUCGCAAGUUCCGAGGUUGACUUGGAGCGAGGUGGAGUCUGGUCUUCAGAAUUUCCUUCCCCUUCGGUAUCACCGAUUCAUAACAAUCAACUGGCACUAGCAUCGCCUACAAACUCUUACUACAGUUCAUAA